ACACGGACCGCAGGGGGUGGCAGGGGGAGCGGUUCUGAGAGGCCCGAGAGUCGGGGAUGGAGCCGCGCCGGAAGGGGACCAGGGCAACCGGGCCCGAGCGGGAGGAGCCCGCCUGACCAGAGCACUCUGACUACAGGACGAUGACGGCGGGGAGCCCCGGAGCCCGCGGGGAGGCACAGAGCCCAGAGUCCCCGAGUCUGCCCUCGGCCCCAGCCCGAGCCCUCCGCCGCCUGGGCCGCCGCCGGCGCCUGGGCCGCCGCCGCUGCUCCCAGCCCGAGCUGUUGGGGCUACGGGCUCGGCUGCGGCUGCGCUCGCCGUCGGGGGCCUUCGCGGUGCUGGGGGCGCUCGUGGUGCUGGUGGGCAUGGCUGUGGCCGUGGCAGGUUACUGGCCCCACCGCGCGGGGACGCCGGGGGCCCGGGCGGCCAACACCUCGGCGCCGGCAGAGAUACGACGGUCGGGCCGUCUCUCGGGCCCCUCCGAGAAGCUGAGGCUCCUGGGACCUGUGGUCAUGGGCGUGGGCCUCUUCAUCUUCAUCUGCGCCAACACGCUACUCUACGAAAAUCGCGACUUGGAGACCCGACGGCUCCGCCAAGGGGCACUUCGGGCACAGGCACUGCGACCCCCCGACAGCCCUGCCUGGGACAGCGGCAUCAGGACUGCCUUGCCGCCUGGAGGGGCCUGGCAGCCCGAGAGAAGAGACUUCUCGCCCCGUCGGGGCGCUUCCCCAGUCCCGUCCGUGCGGAGCCUGCAUUCGGAGCCCCCGAGCCUCCGCCCGGCCCUGCCCGCCCCGCCACUCACCAGGUGGUCGCUGAGAGCCCCAGGGCCGCGGGGGGAGCCCUCCCCACCCUGGAGCCCGCGGGGCAGGCUGGGACACGUGGUCAUCGCCGUGCAGCCGCAGGUUCUUGCAGGGCACUCCAAAUCUCUGGACUUGGGGCGAGGAGGGGUGCUGCUUGGAACCCCGCCCGGCCACGAUCGCGCACAUCGCAGCUGGCCCCGCCUGGACCUGCUCAGCCUGGGCGGUUAUACCAAACUGGAUGGCGGUGGGGACUUAGGGGCCCGAGUCUGAAGAGCUCCAGGCACAUACUUCUAAAAGACUGCAGUGUGUGCAACAACGUGGUGAGAGUAGUUCAGAGGCGUUCGGAUGCCAUCGCAGAGCA